AUGAUGGAUCUCGAACACAGUUUAUCAGCCAUCAACAAGAAUAUCAUGUCCGGUCGCCCGGUGUCGGAAGGAGACUGGGAAGAAGUCCGAGCCAUGUUAUCUCGGUUGGGACGAAUCUUUGACGAACAAAUCAUUUUCGAAUGGGACCAAGAAACUGCCGCCGUUCGUAGACCGCAACCAUCACGAGCUUGCGUCGUCGAGACAAAAGAAGACAAAAUGACAAGAGACAUUUCGUUGCGCAUUCUAGACUUGGUUUGCGAAGACGAAGCUGCGGAAGAUGUGGAGGAUUCCAUUUCCGUGUACAUGAACGCUUCGUUGCAUUCAGCGGCAAUAGAAGAAAUGCAGAGCACACACUUUGGCACUGCUACUAAUCCACUGGCAGUUUCUCCACGGGAAAAGCUACAAGAGCCUGAUUUCAGCAAACUCGGUGAGGUACUGUGCGAUGGACCGUUGCGGUUCAGCCCGGAAGUCGCGGAACGAAGCAUAGUGCAACAGGUGCAGGCACUCCCUGUCAUGGAACAGGAGUCGUGCCUGCAGCUGAAGAAGGAUUGGGAAGAUGAUCUCGAUCAUUCUGCAAUGGAAGGAGAAUCCCAUGCACGGCAAAAAUUGUUGUCGGAUGAAAUGAUCCUCCGCUUCCUCCGUCAUUCCGAAGGUCGCGACGCCAGGCAUUUGCAACUGGCGACAUGGAGAAAAUAA